AUGGACGGGUUCGACGAGGAAGCUUUUAAAAAGUUCUUCCCGACCAGCUUCGGGAAACAAGAAAAGAAGACUGAUGUGAGCGCUCAGAUCAGCCGCACCAAGCGGUCGGAGCUCGCAGCGAAACCCGACGGCGAUAAAGAAAAGAAGGAGCUGGUAGACAGCGUGCACACCGGUCCGGUACCUAAUGCUGAAGCAGAGACAAGGAUUGACAAUGAAAAAGCAAGGUCAGAUGAUGAUUCAGACGACGACGACGAUUCGGACGAAGAUGACGAGGACGAAUUCCCUGUUUCACACGAGCUCGUUAUCAAGACCCACGAGCGCGCCGUGACAACCAUGACCGUUGAUCCAGCUGGAGCGCGACUGAUUACCGGUUCGACCGACUGUACACUCAAGCUUCAUGAUUUUGCGUCUAUGACUCCAUCUACGGUGCGCGCCUUCAAAUCCGUUGAUCCAUCCGCGAAGAAGCAAUCGGCUGCGCAGGAAACGCACCCCGUCCACUAUGUUGCAUUCAACCCUCUAUCCCCCAGCCAUGUUAUGGUUGUUACCGCGACGCCGCAGCCUCGAAUCCUGGAUCGCGAUGGUGAGGUUCUGACCGAAUUCGUGAAGGGUGAUAUGUACCUGAGAGAUCUUCACCAUACCAAGGGCCAUGUGGCGGAAGUAAUUAGCGGCGCCUGGUCGCCGACGGACUACAACCUGUGCGUUACCGCCGGGACGGACAGCACAGUGCGCAUAUGGGAUGCAAAUGUCGGGCGAUCGCAGAAGGAAGUCAUUGUGCACAAGUCGAGAGUGGCUGGAUCCGCUGGUCGGAGCAAGAUGACUGCCGUUGCUUGGGGCUCUCCGAAACAGGGUGGUUCCAACGUUCUUGUUGCUGCUGCCCUUGAUGGAAGCUUGGUGAUGUGGGGUGGGAAUGGGCCGUUCAAUCGGCCCAGUGGCGAGAUAAGAGAUGCGCAUACUCGUGAUACGUGGACCAGCGGGCUGGACAUCAGCGCCGACGGAAGGCUAGUCAUUUCUAGGGGCGGAGAUGAUACCAUCAAGCUCUGGGAUACACGCAAGUUCAAACAGCCGAUCACGACGGUCUCGCAUCCUUCAACCUCAGCCCGUUACCCAUCCUCCAACAUCAUGUUCUCCCCUACAUCCGCCAAUGUUAUCACCGGCUCGGAGACUGGCCAUCUCCACAUCCUGAACCCAGCUACUUUGAAACCGGAGCUUGUGACACCUAUCACACCAGGGUCCCCGGUGAUCACCGUUCUUUGGCAUGAGAAGCUGAAUCAAAUCAUUACUGGAUCGGCCAACGCCGAAACACACGUUCUCUACGACCCCAACAUGUCGACCAAGGGAGCCGCCUUGGUCAUGUCCAAGGCUCCCAAGCGCCGUCACAUUGAUGACGACCCGUCUUUCACAACGGAUCUAUCAGGAGGUCUAUCUGGUGAUUCGGUGGUGGUCGGAUCGAACGGAGUCCCUCAUUAUAGCUCGGCUACCUGGUCCGCCCGGCAUCCGACUGUUGGACUCACGGCCUCGGGUCGUUCCAGGGAUCCGCGCAGACCCCAUCUCCCGGCGACAACGCCUUUUGGCAAGUCACAGCCGGAUGAACGGCAUAUCCGCGAGAAUAUCCCUCUUAGCUCAAUGCGCGACGAAGACCCUCGUGAGGCAUUACUGAAAUAUGCCGAGAAAGCCCAGAAGGACCCGAUCUUCACCAAAGCGUGGAAAGAAACGCAGCCAACACCGAUCUACAGAGAACUCAGCGACGACGAGGAGGAGGAGGAGCAAGGUCCUGAGAAGAAAAGAACCAAGCGGUGA